GACUCCUGCGGCUUCAGGCCGCCCUGCGGGGCUCGAGCGCGGCCGCCGCGGGCUGCUGGCCGACCGCCCCCUCCAUGGCGGAGGGCGCGGGGCUCGCCCCCGUGGCCGCCGCGGGCGGCGCGGAGCAGCCCGGCGGCGGCGCCUCUCGCGCGGCCGCCCCGGGCGGAGGGCACGACGCGCCCCCGCGAGAGGCGGAGGCCCUGGGCGACGGCAGCUACGCGCUGGAGCUGCCCGACGGCAGCCGCCUGCGGUGGACGCGCCGCCCAGGAGCUGGGGCACGAGUUCGACACCGUGGAGGGCUUCUGGUGCCUGUCGCGGUUCUCCAUCCCCCCCUCCAGCCUCGCGAGCUGCGACUGCUCGCUCUUCGAGAGCGGCGUCACGCCCGCGUGGGAGGACCCCCUGUUCCGGCGCGGCGGGCGCUGGAUGCUGCGGCUGGGGCGCAUCGACCGCCCCCGGCUCGACGAGCUGUGGCUGCUCCUCGGCAUGGGGCUCGUGGGCGAGGCCUUCGCCGGCCUCUGCGGGGCCGCCGUGCGCGGCGCGACGCUGUCGCUGCGUGGCCGGGAGAGCCGGGUGGCCCUGUGGCUGGAGCGCGCCGACAGUGCCAAGGUGCUGCGGGCGGUGGGCGAGGAGUACCGGCGGCUCGUGUCGGACGCCCCGUCGCUGCGGUUCGUGGCCGGGCUCCCCCUGGAGUUCGAGGACUUCCAGACCCACGAGGUGGCGCUGCGGCUCGGCGCGCUGCGGCUGGACGGCUCGGAGCCAGCCGCGGCGCGGGGCGUCUUCCAGUGAUGCUUGCCCGGCAGCCGCUUGACGCUGUGCGCGGCCUGGUCAUCCGAGGCGGGAGUGUAUACAUCACCACCGCCUGGAGGAUCAACCCUCGGGGGCUUCGGGCCUCCAGCCUCAAGGGCAGGGCCUUCAGCCUCAAGGGCAAGAUAUGUUGGAAGUUGCCACAACGGAGCUGA